AUGACUGAGAAGAGUGAUAUAUGUCUGCUGGGACUGAUCCUUCUCUCUUCACUAUUCACAGGUGUGAGUGGAGCAGAAGACACUCAUGUGUUCAUCAGUUCUGGUGAAAGUGUGUCUCUGUCCUGUAAUGAUGCUCUUCAUCAAUGCUCCUCAACUAUAUGGAUGCACAGUAAAUAUACAACAUCAUCUACAGUAGAAGUGUUUACUGGAGGAAUAAAUAAGAAUAACACAGAGAGAUCUGAGAGACUGAGUCUGACAUCUGACAGCUCUCUCAACAUCUAUAAAACAACACAACAUGAUGGUGGACUUUACAUCUGCAGACAAUAUGUGAAUGGACAUCAACAUGGACCUGAUUCACAUGUUUUUCUACAUGUUCUUCAUGUGUCUUCAUCAUCAUCAUCAUCACAGACUGAGAUAAGAGCAAACACACCUGUCACUCUCUCCUGUCAGCUGUUUACAUAUUACUGUGGUUAUGUGUUCAGUGAUGAUGGAUUUCAGCUGGUGUGGAUGAAUCAGACUGAUGUUGAUCUACAGACAGACUCCAGAUAUCAGAUUAGAUCAGAUGAACUCUGUCUCAUCUCUCUGACUACAACACUCGUGAAUGAAGACGACAACACAGAGUUGAGAUGUGUGCUCAAACACAAGAAUGACAUCAAGACCUCAGUCACAUAUACUGUCAGAUUUACAGAUUCAAACAAGAUUCUAGUGACCACCACAAACCCUGAGAGAUUCUCAACUCUUAACACAACAGAAACUACACAACAACGACAAAAACAAGAGACAAGCUCUCAAACAGUGACCAUUGCUGUGAUAGCUUCAUUACUUCUUCUACUUACUGUUGCUGUUCUUUGUGUGAUUAAUAUCAAAAGAUCAGAUCAAAGAUUGUCUGGAGACCCUGUGGUCGCAUCUAAGAAUGACAAUAAUGGAACAUAUGACACCAUCAACAUCGUUCCUUCUACUCCUAUCACAAAUGAGCAGAAAGAUGAUGUGGUUUAUUCUGAGGUAACCGUUGUCAGUAAAAAACAACUGAAGAACAACAUUGUUCAGUCUGCUGGUGAUGUGACUUAUGCCGUCAUCAAAGGAGGAAAAACUGAACCUGAAGACGCCUGCAGAGAGCUUUAAUCCUGCCUGAACAAAACCACUCGCAAAUAAAACACAAACACACAUAAUUAUACAAAACUUAAAUUUCCUUUGACAAACAAACUCAAGUGCAGAUUUGAUUUAUUUGAUGUAUUUUUGGUUGGCUUUGGAAUGUUUGUUUGUUGUCUGUUUGUUUAUUAUUUGAUGUUAUUGUCCACAUGUUAUUGAAUCCUAACAUGUCUGAUGAAUUUUCAUAGGUCUUAUUAAUACUGUACGUGAUCAAAUUGGUGUAGUGUCAUGGAAACAGAUUUCUUAGUUUGACUUUUUAUCUUAAAUGAAGAACCCCAUAAGAAAUGUUAAGACAUUAUAAUGUAUUUAUGUAUGGGCCUAACAUUUUAGACCUCUGUCCCAGCAGAACUUCAUCCUCUGCUGCAAAUGAAUUAUCAUACAUUGUGUAGUGUACUGUAAAGCAUAACACAAUUACUUUCCAAAGUAUGACCAAUGUAGUAGUUUCCAUUAAUAUGACUACACCAGCAACUGUUGCUAAUAAAGCUGAUACAAGGCAAAGUCAGUUUAAAAAAUAAAAAGUAUA